ACCCAUAAAGACAAAGUUUUUUUCAUUUUUCAUUUUUUCAUUUUUCCAAGGCUACGAUACUACCUGCGUUCCUGCCUUAGUCUCAAUUGCCUUGCCAUUUCGAGCUACAACCCUUCAUCAAUUCCAAGAUUUUAAGUAACAAGUCCUACAUAGUACCUUGCAAUGUCAUCAUAUUACUACAACAUCCGCGAGCAUGACCACGGGCUUGCCCAUGACCUGGCCCGUCAACUCUCGCACGAGACACGUCAUAGCGCCCACCCGACGCAGUAUAUCGUGAACCGGGGCAAGAUGACGAUGGAUGACAGAUCCUUCAGGCACAGCAAUGCCUUCAUCUACAACACGCCGGGAUCAAGCCUGCGCAUCGUCCCGACCCAAACCGAGUCAGUCACCAGAACCAGGUACGGCUCCUAUCACUCGCCUCCGCCAUCUCCUCCGCCUCAGCCUCAGCCGUACUACCUGCCCGAGCCGGGUGCGGUUGUUGGCACAUGCCACGGCUGCAUGGAGCGGCGAGAGAUCUACUACGAUGGCCACUGCCACGAGUGUGCCUCCAUGCGACUGGUCUCCCCACCGCCCAGGGUAAGGCACAGGCACCGCCAUACUCUCCACAUCUCGACUGGACCCCCCGAGAGAAGAAUGCUCGGGUGGCGCUGAGUCCUAUCUGAGCUUCUCACAUCACUAGCAACAUCAGGCUCAACUUCAGUGGGCCACCAUCAUGACCAUUUAUGAACUUAGAGGAGCGGAGAGGGAUGGAAUAUGAUAUUCUGGUGCUUCGUUCUCAUAUGUCUACAUGGUUGCGUUGGAACAAAUGACUUUCCUUGCUACACCUAGCGUUUCUUUUGUUUACUUUAGCAUUAUUUGACGUUUAGUUUAGCCUUCUCGGGAUGAACAGCACGCGAAAGAGGGCACAUAAUGAUCAAGUGGAUUUUCUUUGUUACUUAUAAAGGGGGAUGUCGUUGAGAAUUCUUUGUCUACGGCUAAUUUAUUGAAUUGAAAUUCGUACCUAAUAGAAACUUUCUACACUCAAACUGUGAUAUUAUGAUCUUUAACAAUGA